GAUAACACCUGCAAAUCCCGCCUUCUUCUCCAAAACUCGGUUUUGAUUAGACAGAAUAUUGACACGGCAAAAAAAAAACAGGCCAAUCGGCGGAAUGAUACGCUUGUCAAUCCGGAUGAAGGAAGCGGAAUGCGGUUGUGGAAAAAACAUUGGAGCCGUGAUGGUUUUAUAAAGCAGUUUUAGAAGAUCCGCUUAGAUUAUUAACUAUUCUCAAUGAUUUUAAUGUGUAUAUUUUGUUUACGUUAACUGUAAAUAGAAAAUAGUUGUUUUUUUCCCAUUCUGACUCGUUAAUUACAAGGGCAGGUUCACCUUACAAACUAGAAAUACUAGAAAUGGCAGAUUCUUUUAGUCUUCACAAUGUUUUGGACAAAUUCAAGUUAUGUCUCAGUGAUAAUAAGGAAGUCUACAUUCAGUACUAUAUAGCAGGAUGGCGUGAGCUUGUGAGCUUUAUGAACAGCCUCGGAAGCGUCUUUUACUUCAUCUCCAGCGAUGUAGUGAAAAAAAUCCAGAUCCUUGACAACUACCUGACGGACGAGAACGGGCCGCAAUACCUCACCAUCCAGUCUAUGGUGAAGUAUGAGUUGGACAACAAGCUGGUGGAUCUUACCAAAGGAGGCAGCCACCCUGAGUCGGGUUGCCGCACGUUGCUGCGUCUGCACCGUGCCCUGCUCUGGCUCCAGCUCUUCCUGGAGAGUCUGCGCACCAGCACCGAGGAGAGUAAAACCUCCGCCUUGUGCUCCGAGGCCUACAACGCAUCGCUGGCGCAGUAUCACCCGUGGAUCAUCCGGAAAGCAGCAGGAGUCGCGCUUUGCACUCUGCCAGGCCGCGACGCGUUCUUCGACGUGAUGAACGCAGGCAGCCACCAGGAUGUGAUCACGCUGCUGGGUGAAGCUUUACCUCAGAUCUCAGAAGUCUAUCAGAUCACACAGGACCUGUACGCAAAAAACAACCUGCUCGACUUACCCUGAAAGAUUCAGCACUACUUAACGCAUAUUCUGCAGUUACUUGAUGUCACUGGGUGUUGUAUUUAUUCCUCCUGUUCCUGUAUAUGUCCAAAUACACUGGAAAAUUAUUAUAGUUCAUUAUGAAAUUUAGAAAAUGCAAUUGCUUAUAUUUAUUAUUGAUUAUAAGGGAUAUAUAUCAGAUGUACUCGAAUUAUUCUGUGAAAUAUAUUAUAUUUAAUAAUAUACAGUUUGUUUAACAUAUUUGUGCGUUAUUUUAGACUGAUUUAUGCCUGCACGUCAAUGAUAUAAAUUAUAGCUCUAUAGAAUGAGUUGACUCAUUUGACUCACCAGUAAGACUCGACUCGCUCAUCUUCCAAACUCCCGUCAUUGUUUUCUGAAUCCACAGAAAUUGAUAAAUGAAUAAUUUACGAAUGGACAGUUGAUGAAUGCAUGUGUAAUAACGCAACACAUUUAUUACCAAGAAAAAGGAAAGAAAGACAUCCUCUCUCCUAACCUUUACCUAAAAGAGUCGACACAAUGAGUCGACUCUCACGUAAAACGACUCAUGGGAAGAUUGUUCUUUAUGUAAGUUGAAAACAGUGGCUGCUGUCGAUAAUGCGAAUGUAUUGCAAUUCGUUGACCAAAUAGAAAAUAAAUCAUAUCUCAACCA